UGCCUCGCGAACAGCACGGCUCUAAACUAAACGAUGCAUCGUUUAGUUUCAAUAGAAGUAGUACUAUUUCAAUGAAUAAUAAUAUAUAGUAAUGUAUAGUAAUGUAGUACGUGAUUAAGGUAUAGAUGUGUUUAGUGUGACUAAACUGAUGACUAAUAAAAAUAUAAACAGUUGAACUAAAUGUGGUAUCAAAAAGUGUAAAAUAUGGCGCUAAAAGUGGAAGAUUUGAAAAUUAGUGAUGUGGUGAAAUUGUUAGAGUUUUGGGGGAUGGCAGAGUUUGUGGAAUUUGUGAAGGAGAAGGAUAUUAAUGGACUAAAAUUAUUAGAAACAUCAGAAGGACUAGUGAAUACAUGGCGUCCAAACGCUAACGCUAAGAAAUUAAUACAGUUCAUACAAGAAAUAAAGCAAAACCCUCAAAAAUAUCUAAGCUGUAUCGAUGACGUCAUCACGAUCAAAGAGACGAAUCUAUGCAGUGACAGUCAGUAUCAAACUGUAAGUAUUAGAAAGAUAAGCCAACAGGAAAACACUAACAACCGAGUAGAAGAAAUCUUGAAAAAAAUCACAGCACCAAAAAGCUUUCUAUACAGACAUCAAACGAAACGACAGAAAAGAUCUGUAACUUCAUACGUACCUAUGAAUGUUAACACAGAAAAGAAGCCCAAGAACUUUUUCCGACUAAGCUCAUACGACUACCCCAUUUUCGAUCUAAAAAAGCGUUUUUCAAAAAUAGAGAAUUGUACUGAUAGAGGUUACUAUCCAGUCAAUAAAGUUCCUAAAGAAGUCAGGCCUAAAUAUAAAUCUAUGAACUCUGCUGAAGAAUUUACAGACAAACUACCAGAAGAUCAUUUCUAUGAAGACUUAUGUUACAAUGAUCUUAAAGAAGACAAUAAUACAAAAGCAUUUAACCCUCAAAGUAACCAAGUGAAACCUUGUAUGGUAAAAAUACAGGAACUAUUUCAAUCGUUCAAACUACCAUUUUUCAAAAAAGCUGAAGAGGAAGUGGUACAGAAAUCUCAAGAUAUACAAGAUGCAGGGAGAGAAAAGGAUGCAAAUAUAUAUGAGAACUCUGUGAAUAUGUAUGACUCUAUACAUGUGGCUACAGAGCAGGAUGUAAAUACUUUGAAGAAAGAAGACACUCAUGCAGGUCUGGCAGUGGAGGAGUACCUGGUGCCCGUGCAGGUGGAGAAGGACUACUGCGACGUGUGCCUGAAGCAGAAGGACGACUCGCUUCUGGGCUACAUCAUGAACUACUUCGAAAGCCGCUUUGGCAUUCGACGAGAAACAAAUGAUGCCGCCCAAUCAGAAGAAUCGGAAACGGAGCCAUCUUGUGAGCGGGAAUGGGAGCGGAAGAUCAACAUGGCUGCCAGGCCACUUCCGGUGCCCGUGGAGAACGAGCCUUACUACAUGAACAUAGAUAGAACUGAGGCCGAGAACCUCUUGACUGGUCAGCCUGAUGGAACUUACAUCUUGAGGCCUUCGAGUCAGCCGAAUCACGCAUACACCCUGAGCGUCGCCUGCGCAAACUCGGUGCACAACGUCGGAGUGAGGAGACGUCCAGACGGCCGCUUGGCUCUCGGCUUCGCGCGUCGCGGUGAAAGAAGCUUCACCAGCGUCACUUCCCUGUUACGUCAUCACAAAAAACGACGCUUGCUGUUAGUAGCAGCCGGGGGACUGAUCGGAGCCACCACGCUGAACGAAACUCCUCAGUAUUACCAAACGCCUAGUAAUAUUCCUAUUUUGUGACAAUGAGUAAUAUUAAACGGCAAGGAAUUAUCUCAAAUUCAAAUUCAAAAUAUUUUUAUUCAAUUAAACUUUUACAAGUGCUUUUGAAUCGUCAAA